GAGAUCCAGAGCUUGCGAGCCAAAGAGCAGAGCCUACGAAAGCACGUUUUGCAAAACGGCUCAUAUUACGAGAUUAGUCGUGGACAGGUAGUUGAUGGAUUUGUUAAGAUCCGGCAAAAUGCCCAGAGGCUUGCAUCGAGCAAGUUGUUCCGGACAGAUGGACAAGGAGAGGUUUUGAAUCACGGCCUACUCAGCAUGAGUACAGUCACGGACGACUUGUGGCAGAGAUCCAACCGGUCAGGUCGGCUAUUCCUCCUCAGAGCAAUUAUAUUUCAGAGGUUGAUUGAUGAGGUAUUCAAAUGCCAAUGCUUCGGCAUUUCCGAGUCUGGGGCAGAUCAAGGGCAUGAAGAAUCUGCUACCAAGGAUCUAGAUGCAGGGCUACGUCUGUUUGAGCAUAUCCUGAACGAGCGAAAAGUUCCGAACGAUGUCGUGUCACAUUGGAGACUCUCGACGCUAAGAAGCAUCGAAGCAGCAGGGCUGGCCGAGAAACCGUUCGGUGUGGCUCUUGCAGAGAGAAUGUACAAAGAUUUCUCAGGACUUAUAAGGCGGGAAGCCACACCGCAGGAAACAACAAAAUUGCGAAAUGAGUUUGAAAAACUGUGCCAUCAGGCAUUCGAUCUACAACUACUCAUGCGCAAGUCUCAGGAAGACUACCUCGUUGAUUACGUCCUUCCCGGAACAUCGCUGGAAGGACUGGGUGACAUUGCGGAUAGCUAUGGGGAGUUGGAUGGCACGAGAGAUGGUGGGACGAAGGUGGCUUUUACUAUGUUUGGAGCUCUGGCCCUCAACUCGCGGUCUGGCGACGAGAAGCCACGGGUUUUGGAGAAGGCUCAAGUAAUCGUGACGAGUGCCUGA